AGCAGCCCAGCUCUACUUUGUUAGCGAGAGAGUGAAGAGGAGUACCGUAAAUAGGGGAGUGAAUUUCUAUUGUACAUGUUUUCCCUUCAAUGAACAGUAAGUUAUAUAAUGUCCGAGAAUGUCCAUUUCUGGAACUUUAAGCAACUACUAUGUCGAUUCUAUCAUAAGUCAUGAAGGAGAAGAUCCGAAUGCGUCCCGCUUUUCCAAUGUACAGUACUCCAGCGCUAGACAACCGGGACCCGGAGACCAUCCCGAGUUCCCCUCUUGUAGUUUUCAGCCCAAACCUCCAGUGUUCAGUUCUUCGUGGAAUCCAUUCAGUUCCCACGCGUCCAAUGGCUUACCAGCAGUCUACCAUCCAUACAUAUCGACGCAGCCCGUGCCUUCCACGGAUACACGAUACCUCCGAACAUGGCUCGACUGUGCCCCGAGAGCAGAGCCGCUGCCUGGGCAAGGGCAGGUCAAAAUGGAGCCGCUCCUUGGACAUCUCGGAGAGCCACAGAAACUCGGUGGGCAACAUGAAUUUAUUUUGGAAUCCUCAACAGCACGGGAGAUGAAUUCUGCCCAAAGCGCUGGGUUUGAAGACAAUAAGGACAUAUGCGAAGGUACCGAGGACAAAGAGGGACCGGAUCAAAAUGAUCCCUCAGCCAAUUGGUUGCACGCUCGAUCAUCCCGGAAAAAGCGAUGUCCAUACACGAAAUAUCAGACCUUGGAGCUUGAGAAGGAAUUUCUGUUCAAUAUGUACCUCACCCGCGACCGGAGGCACGAGGUAGCUCGUCAGCUGAACUUGACAGAGCGACAAGUAAAAAUCUGGUUCCAGAACCGGAGGAUGAAAAUGAAGAAAAUGAACAAGGACCAGGCCAAAGAAUGAUAACGCAGACCUGUGCCUGGCUUCCAAACCUUUUACACGAGUCCUCUAAUUCUGGAAGCUUAUGCAAGCACACAUACUUUCCGUAUGAAUGAACAGUAUUAAGCAAAGAAUAUAAAGGAGAGGUGAAUGACGCAGAGGAAGGGGAAACGUCUUAACACUCUCCCUUGAAUGCUACUUUUAUUACGAUCAUGUCUUGGGUGAAAGAAACGGACACUUCAUCGGGAAACACACAGGUGUAAAAACAUAUCUGGUUUACGAACUGUUUAAAAAAAUCUGCUUUAUAAGGUGGUUUCUUAGACUUUUGCAUUUCCAUCAUUCCUUUUGUGAUAGACGUGUGCUAAUGCAACAUGUAUUUAACAUUCAAUUUAAAGUUACGCCUCGUCCAUUGUAAAAGUCAAAUUAAGAUUUAGUAUUAUUAUUAUACUACAAAAGUAAAUAAAACAACCCUUUUCGUUUCCUAGAGUCUGUUUUUCCUCAAACUAAGUUUGCUUAUUUUUAGGUUACAAAAAUUGAAUGUAUUAAAUAUACUAUUUGUAUGCACUUGUGUUAAAAAAUAGGGUUGUUGUAAAUUUAUUGUAAAAUUAUUUUACAUCUCUCAGAUAAAGCAUCUUUUCAAAUGUAAUGAUAAUAAGAAGAAGAAUAGGCUCAUCGAAAUCUGCUUUCUUAAUUUUAACUUUAGCCUGGAGUUUUGUAUCAUUUGCUGAAAAAUCAUGCCGAUUAAUUAAACGCGAACCUUGAUUAAUUUCCUUAUCUUUUCCGCUUUCAUGACAAAUAUCUAAAAUCAUCCUUGAAUAAUUAAAAAAAAGAGGUUUUUAAUUUUUCAAGGAAUUACACACAAUGGAAAGAAACACAAUGUAUUCGAGUACAUCUUCCGAGUUGUAAUUGUAGUGUGCCAGUAUCCAUACAAUUUACAUGUGCUCGAAUGCAUAACAACCUUUAAUACAAAUUCGGUCGCGGUUAUGUUUUCUCUUGUUUACAUACAUUUGCGCAUGCCUUUAUUAGUGUAGUUUUUAUGUGCUAGUAAAAGCUAGAAUUAAUUCAAGCUGUUUUAUGUGUAUCUUAGGAUUGUAUUUGUAAUUUAUUGUAAAUACAUUAAUAGCUUGUUUUUUUAUGAAAUGUGAUUUGUUGUUGUAAAAAUAAUUUCAGAAAGUCUUUAUACUUGAAUGGGCAGAUAGAUGUAAUCUUCCAAUUUAAUUUUGUUUACACCUUUCAUGUGUAUUUGUUUCCUUUAUGUCCGUUGUUUGUAUUGUCAGUGUGUUUUCUGUAUUUGCUCUUUUCUCCAUGUUACGUUUUUUAAAUUUAUUUUCUUGGUGAAAAAACAAUGUUGUGGUAUAAUUUUACUCUACAAUCAAGCGCAUCUUCAAAUAACAGUUUUAAUAUUUAGUGGCCACUAACCCAAUUCUAUCCCACCUUUUUUGACACAUGCCCCCAUUCUUGUGAAUCAACACAAGACAAUUUUAUUUAAGACAAAAAAAAUGCUAGAUUUUAAAGCAGAGACGCAAUUUCAGUACAACAUUUACUUCGUCCAUGUGUUCUCCGUUUCAUUUGGUGUUUCUGUUUUGUUGUGUUGUUAAUCUGUGCUCUUGCACGGCUGAUGCUGGACUCAUAUUAAAAGUUUACAUAGACCACA